UCAAAGAAGAAGAAUAUCUGCAACGGCUAGUAAGCUAGCCUAGCAGAAGGUAUUAUUUAUCGAGAUAUGGCUACUGUACUACCCGUUAGACCGCCUUGCGAUAGCAAUCCCGCUACCCCUGGAGCACAAUCCAUAAAGGAGGAUGUAAUAGAGGAGGUGUCCAAUGAUGGGAGCCAACCUCCAAAGAGAAGGAGAAUGGGUUCAGGGGACAGCUCUCGAAGCUGUGACACCUUUAGUCAAGAGCUUGGACCGACAUAUUUCCCAGCAGAAAACCUGACAGAAUAUAAGUGGCCACCUGACGAUACAGGAGAAUAUUACAUGCUCCAGGAGCAAGUUAGCGAGUAUCUUGGAGUCACGUCAUUCAAGAGGAAGUAUCCUGAUAUGGAGAGGAGAGACUUGUCCCACAAGGAGAAGCUCUACCUUCGCGAGCAAAAUGUCAUCACUGAGACACAGUGCACUCUGGGUCUGACAGCUCUGAGGAGUGAUGAGGUUAUAGAUCUAAUGAUAAAGGAAUAUCCCACCAAACACUCAGAGUAUUCAGUCAUACUGCAAGAAAGGGAGCGACAGAGAAUAGCAAAAGAGUACUCUCAAAUGCAACAGCAGAACCCUCAGAAGGUGGAGGCCAGCAAGGUGCCAGAGUACAUAAAGAAGGCAGCAAAAAAAGCUGCAGAGUUCAACAGUAAUUUCAACAGGGAGCGCAUGGAGGAGAGAAGAGCAUACUUUGAUCUCCAGACACAUAUUAUCCAGGUACCCCAGGGCAGGUUUAAGGUGCUGGCUCCAGAGCUAACCAGAACAGGACCUUACCCUGUGGCUCUCAUACCAGGACAAUUCCAAGAUUACUACAAAAGAUACUCUCCCAAUGAGCUGCGCUAUUUACCAUUGAAUACUGCUCUGUAUGAGCCUCCGUUGGAUCCAGAGCUGCCUGCUCUGGACUCAGAGCCUGACUCAGAUGAUCCUGAGGAUGGCAAAGAUGGCAAGAAGAACUCUUCUGACAGCUCUUCAGGCAAUGCAUCAGAUGUGGAGAGCCAGGAGAGUGGAGGUGGACAGGGCCACAAGUCCAAAGCCAAAGAUAGGACAUCAACACCGGGCAAAGACCAGCGGCAUUCUGCCUCCCACAAAGCCACCCCAGGGUACAAGCUUAAGGUCAUUCCAAAUGCUAUAUGUGGCAUUUGCCAGAAGGGUAAAGAGGCCAACAAGAAAGGCAAGCCAGAGGCUCUCAUUCACUGCUCCCAAUGUGAUAACAGUGGCCAUCCCUCAUGCUUGGAUAUGAGUGAGGAGCUGGUUUGUAUGAUCCAGACAUAUCGCUGGCAGUGUAUGGAGUGCAAGACCUGCACCGUGUGCCAGCAGCCCCAUCACGAGGACGAGAUGAUGUUCUGCGAUAUGUGUGACAGAGGAUACCACACGUUCUGUGUGGGCAUGGGAUCCAUACCUACAGGUCUUUGGUUAUGUGAGGUUUGCGACAAAGACUUCACCACACCCAAGAAGAAAGGAGGGGUCAAAACACCCAAGAAGUCCAAGUCAGCUCGUAAAUGAUCAACAUGAUGAACAGUUAUACCGUGUUGAAUUUAAACAUAAUUGCACUGUCACUAAUUCAUCCAAAAACAUCAGAUAAUUUUUUAUCUAAAAAAAACGGUUGGAAAAGCCAUCAUUUCAAACAUGUAUGAUCCCCCCUAAAACAUAAAACAAAAAAAAGACCAAAUACUAACAAUCAAAACACAUUUAAACUGUUAUUACUUUUCACUUGAUGCCAAACAGAUGAAGCCUUGAGAGUUUCAGCAAAGUAGACCUUGAAUUUAAGUCAGUCGAUUAGCAUCUGUGUGCCAGACGACCAUAUUUUUGUGAUUGUACAUCUACACGGGGCAUUAUUUUGUAAGCGUGAUAACUAAACUUCUACCCAACCAUGAGCAGUUUACAACAUUCCUGCUUCAGUAAACCAAUGAGUUAUACAAUUUUUGACUCAUAAUGUGUCUGCACUGAUAAACUAUGUUUUAGGAAAUAGUUUCAGGUACAAAUGGUGCUUUUAAUCUAUCGAAAGAAUCAGGGUUUACAAGAGCUCAGUGGUGUUACACAGGUUGUUUCGAAAUUACCUUUUUGUAUGUGUUUUUUGUAUCUUAUAACUUGCAGUUUGUGUUUUUGGUCAAGUUUUAUUUAAUGAGACAAGCAGUAAAUGGCAAUCUUUUUUUUAAACAAAUGGUGCUUUUGAUCCUUUGUAAUUAAAUGUUUUACGUUUGCGUGUGACCGACUUCGGGCUGUAGGAAUUUUCAGCUUUUGUGAGUAAAUUUUCAAACCAAGCAUCCCAACCCUUCACUAUUAUUGUUGUUCAGAAAUAAACCACUUGUAAUUACAUCAGAAUGUAAUUAUACUGAAGUUAACAUCCAUCAGCAUAAUGAUCUUGCAAUCAGUUCUUUUCUUUUAUUAGUUUAUCAUUUUUUUUAGUCGUUUUGUAUUGUCCUACCAUAUUUGUGUUGAAGGAAUAUUUGUUCUAGCGUCAUGGUUACUGAAUUAUAAAAAGUUUUUUCAAUAAAUAAUAAUAAAAA